CAUUGGCAAUGUUUCGAUUUGUGGAGCCAUCAGAUGGAAAAAUUUUAGUCGAUGAAAUUGAUAUUUCAUCUGUUGGUGUCGAAGAUCUUCGGUCAAGGAUAACUAUAAUUCCACAAGAUCCUAUAUUGUUUACAGGUAAUCUUGGUACAAUACGGUCAAACCUUGAUGCAUUUUCUCAAUAUGAGGAUAGAGAAAUAUUGGAAUCAUUACGACGUGUUCACUUAAUUCCUUCUGCAGAGGAUGUAGAAGCUAAUUCAUUUUCAGAUGAUAAUGAUAAUACCAAUUUAUUUAAAAAUUUGGAUACACCUGUAAGUGAAGGUGGAAAAAAUUUCAGUCAAGGGCAAAGGCAAUUAUUAUGUCUUGCUCGAGCUUUGUUAAGAAGAUCAAAGAUUAUAUUGAUGGAUGAAGCCACUGCAAGGUAUUACUAA